AUGUCUGCUGUUCAUGGCUUUGGCUCUGUCAUCUAUGGCAGAGUCUUUGUUAACCUUCCUAUUCCCUCGACAACAACCGACCUCUCCAAUCACAUCAUGAUAGUCACCGGCUCAAACAGCGGCCUCGGAUUCGAAUCCACCCGUCAUCUCUCUCGCCUUGGCGUGGGAAAAAUCAUCAUGGCUGUGAGAACUCCCUCCAAAGGAGAAGCAGCCAAGCAAGAAAUUCUCAAAUCCACCGGCAAGCUCGACUCUUCCAUCGAGGUGUGGUCCAUCGAUAUGGAUAACCAAGAGUCUGUCAAAGCAUUUGCUGGACGAGCAUCUCUGUUGCCUCGACUUGACGGUGUCUUGGCCAACGCAGGCAUCAUGACGAGCCACUACACCCUCAGCGAGGAAAGCGAAAAGACUCUCAACGUCAACGUCAUCAACACGUUUCUGCUCUUCUUCCUACUGCUUCCAACCAUGCGCAGGUCGGAGCAACAAACAGGCAACGCGUGCCGCUUUGCAAUUCCCAACAGUGCCCUGCAUUACAUGGCUCCCCUUGCUGAGCUCAAUGACAAAAACAUCCUGCAUCGACUAAACGACUCAAAGCAAGCAGACAUGUCUGGGAGAUAUCCCCUUUCGAAACUCCUCGUCCUCUACGCCGUACGAGAAAUAGCAAAGAGAGCGAAGGGCAGAUUCAUCCUCAACACUCCAAACCCAAGCUGGUGCAAAUCCGACUUGGCGAGGGAGACGGAUUCAGCCGGGGCCAAAAUAGCAGAGAAAAUCCUGGCUCGCUCGACAGAGGAGGGUAGCCGCACUUUGGUACACGGCCUCCUCACAGACGAGACUAGCCACGGGCACUACCUAACCAACUGCAAGAUUCAGGUGUAG